GGCUGUACUGACGGCUCGAGGCAGCACUGCCUCCAUAGUAACAAAAUGCAUGUUUCCAUAGUUACAACAUCCGGGACAUUUGGCGUCCCCAGUAACCAAACAGUGCUGAGCAGCGAAUACAUUUGGCGACGACUUAAACACAGAUAGUUAUACUUCAGCGUGGAAACAAAAUGACAUCCUUUGUUGCAAAGUCUCUUGAUGUUGAUUGCACCAUUAUGGAAAUGGUCACAGGCGUUUCGGAGAAUACCUCCACACCUGCAUCAAGUGAAUCCUCUGGGAGCAUUGACAAAGGUCUUUUUAAUAUAAAUGCAACGGAUGAAGAAAAGCAAGACCCUGAACUACAACAGGCCAUUGAGGAAAUGAGGAGACUUGAUGAGACACUAUCUGCAUGCAUGUGCAGAUUAAAAGAAGCCAAGCGUCAAAGGAAAGAACUCCAAGAACAACUCUGGCAAGAGCUAAAAGAUAGUUUAGAGGAGGAGGGCUGCUCUGAAAGUAGCCAAGAAGCCAAGAAUGCAAGACUGUUUAUGGCUUUGGAAGCCCCUAUUGGGCCUCCGGAGAGGGAGGACUUUUUCAAAACUCAGUUAUUUGACUGUGAACUAGACAGAAGACUGCAACGCAUGUUAGAGAGUGACGACUGGACCCAAGCAUCCGAGUCAGUGUGCGAAGAGACAGACGAAGGGAGCCACGAUGAAGGCUCCAUGGCCGAGAAAAAACAAAAGGACUUUGUCAAGAGGAACAUUGAGCUCGCACGCGGCAAAGGCGGCCAAGUACUGUUGACACAGGCAGAGGAAGAGCGCCUGGCCGAGCUCCUGCAAGACCUAGACGAAGAGGAAGAGGAGAGUGCCAGUGGCGCAGACAACAAGGAGGACAUGUGGGCGGUGCCGGUGUCAACAAAUCAAGGUUACACCCAGGGGACUUCCGACCUGGAGCGACUGACUGCCAUAGACUGCGAACUCAGUAUAUUCCAGCCGGUUGUAGAUGUCCCUUUACUGCAAAGCUCCUCCCAUGCACAUUUGAACAAGGAACGUGGCUCGGACAUCGGGCCGAAGCGCGAUUGUGACGCUCAGCCAGGAGAGAAGGUCCUGCAGGAUAUCAAGGAGAUGAGAACACAAGAGAUGCAGCUCCAGGAGAUCCAACGGCAGCUGGACCUUCUGGGCCAGGGCCAGGAGAUGACAAGCGAGUCAGAGGCCCUCAGUGAGCAGCAGUUACUAAGCCUGCUGGAUGCUUGUGAGCUGACAGAGCCAGGACCUUGAGACGCACACAUGGACCUCCUGCAUGCCAGGUCCUGCUGUCAAGAUGGCCAUCAAAUGACGCGCCAUCGCUGACAUCACUCUUCCUGCCUUCUAAGUCAGAAGCAAGUCUAGCGAAUGUACAUGCAUUUCAUUGUCAUAAGAUGUCAUUUUAGCUCGUAAAACCACCGAUGAUUCACUGCCUUUUGGCCACCAAUGUGGAGACGUAUAAAUAAGUAGUACAUGCAUGAAACUGAUACAGCCAAGGAGCAUUCCAUCUUCUGCAGUACCCUUUAGGAAAAUAUCCUUUUCUAACAGAAAUAUAUAAAUAUAUACAUAAAAAAACAAUUGUUUAUGUAUUAAUGCUGCUAAUUCAGCAUGGGGAAGAAAAGCAGUACUUUGUACUUAUAAAUAUCCUAAAUGUCAUUAAACUUAAUUAUUACAGCUGCAGAGUGUUUCUGCAGCAGUCCAACUGUGGUAGUAUGUGCAUUUACACUCCAUUUGUAAUGGUUCAU